AAUGUGUGACGUGCUCUGUGCGCUGCAGUGUGGUGCGGCGAGGGAGCUCAGGCGAGGUCUGCAGUCACGGCAUGGUGAGAGCAGGGUCACUGCCCACGAAGGGGCAGAGCAGCGGGAGCGAGAGUGGUGGGUCCUCCCCAGAGGCUGUGCGGGAAGAUAGGCACAAGUGCUACCGAAAUGCAGACCUUUGCUUAUCUGGAAAUGGUCUGACCCUGGUCUGAAAGCCUAGACCUGGAACACUACGCCCUGUUCCCUCAGCACACUCUAACCCAAAGAGAGGUGCUCAAGCUAUUCAAGACUUGUUGGGUAGUCAGAGCCUGCAAGCGGACCUGCCAGUCAGAAGAGGAGGAGGGUUUUGUUUUCCCCCGGGUGCCCUGCUGCAGGAUUCCUUCUGUAGCUGAGCAGGUUUGAAUGAUUUGCUAUGCUGUGCUCUGUGCGUUGCUUCUGGGUGCUGUGAGGGGAAAUCAGGCAAGCUCCAAAGUCCUGAGGUCGUGAGCGAAAGGUCAUUGCCCACAACGGGGAGGAGCACGCGGCUGAGCGCUGGGAACCGGAGUGGUGGGUCCUUCCUGGGACUGGGUGAGAAGCAGCAGCCUAUUUGCAGCCCCCUCUGAAGUCUUUCGGUGUCCUUGGACCUGGCGGUGGCCUUGGAAUUACUUCACUUCUGAGACUGGAGUCUUGUGUGUAGAAAUAUCCUUGGCAGGAAGCCAAGCUUAGAGAGCCCUCCUUUCUCUUGUGUCUUCUACAAGUUCUGCCCUUAGCAUUUAACAUUUAGGUGUCAGAUCCAUUUGGAGUUAACGUUGUGGAAGUUGUACAAGGUAUCUCAAGUGUUGGGUAGCAGCACUCCAGUACUUAGCUGCGACGUAGGAGAGGAGACUAGAUGAUGUAAAAGAUUUACCAAUGCAUACAAAUAGUAAGUGACAUCAAAUAACAUUUAAGCUAAGACACCCUACAGACAAGAAGCACGCUAAUCAGGCCUAGUAGAGAUUAACAGGCUAGGAUACACAUGUUUGUUGACCAUAAUUGUCCAGAAAUUUGGCUCCAAACGAUAACAAAGGAGACCCCCUGAUUUACAAUCACUCGUGAGGUUCGUUGUCACAUCCAAGAACAGGCCUCUAACAAGCUGCCCAGAGGGCAUUACGUGGUCAUAACUAACAUUAAGACCUGAUGUGACCUAUAGGUACAUUUUCUUGCCACAUGGGCAAGACUACAUUGGGUGAUAACUCUUUGAAAACACAACACGGUUGUGUUAAGGGCUGGCCUAGUCAAGCAAGUCUUUCCAGGAGGCCCUAGUGUAUGGAGAAUGACAGCUUUUUCUCAGGCCCAGGAACAUGCUUGUCAGAGCUAGCAACAGCUUGGGGAGGGAGCUUCCCCUAAGGCCCUGAUUUAUUGAGAAUAAAAUAGAGCUCCUUCUCUGUAACGGUUUGUAUAUGAUCUGCCCAGGGAGUGGCACUAUCAGAAGAUGUGGUCCUGUUGAAGUAGGUGUGUCAUUGGGUGUGGGGUUUAAGACCCCCCUCCUAGCUAUCUGGAAGUCAGUGUUCUGCUAGCAGCCCUCAGAUGAAGAAGUAGAACUCUCAGCUCCUCCCGCACCAUGCCUGUCUGGACACUUGUAUGUUUAUAGCCAUCUCUUUCUUUGGGCUAGAGAAGUUUUCUAGGACUUUGUUGAAGAUGUUUUCUGGCACUUUGAGCUGGGAAUCUUCAUCCUCUUCUAUCCCUAUUACUCUUAGGUUUGGUUUUUUUCAUAGUGUCCCAAGUAUCCUGGUUAUUUUGAGUUAGAAAUUUUUUACAUUUAGCGUUUUCUUUGACUGAUGCAUCAGUGUCUUCUAUGGUAUGUUGUAUGCCUGAGAUUCUCUCUUCUAUCUCUUGUAUUCUGUGGGUGAUGUUUGCAUCUGUAAUUCCUGUUCUCUUUCCUAGGUUAUCUAUCUGCAGGGUUGCCUCCAUUUAUGUUUCCUUUCGUGCUUCCAUUUCCAUUUUAGGUCUUGAGCCAUUUUAUCCUUAUCCUUCACCUGUUUAAUUGUACUUUCCUAUAUUUUGAAAGGGAUUUAUUUACUUCUUUCCCCUUUAAGAGCUUCUACCUAUUUGAUUAUAUUUUCCUGUAUUUCUUUAAGUGAUUCAUUUAUAUCCUUUUUAAAGGCCUUUAUCAUCUUCAUGAGGUGAGAUUUAUGGUCCCAGCGUUGCUCCUCAGGUGUGUUAGGAUCCAGGGCUUGCCAUAGUGGUAGAACUGGUAUCUGAUGUUGUCAUUUUGCACUACUUCUGUUGGCUAUGUUCUUGCAUUUGCUUUUUGCCAUCUGGCUGACUCUGGUGUUGGUGCCUGGUAGUCCCUGGGUAAGUAAGCCUCUGGGACUCGUUGUCCUGGAUAGCUGCAAGCCUCCCCAAAGGCCAGCAGAGCUGUGGGUUGGAGUGUGUGGUGCAGAACCUCAAUUGCAGGUGCAGGUAUGGAUUGGAAGGAAGAGGGGUCUCUGAUAAGUCAGGGCAGAACCGUUGCUGCUGGGCUUGCUGUGGUCCCCGCAUGCAGGAGGACUGGGUCACAGGGGUCUCACCUAUGUUUCUCAGUUUCAAGCAGGACUCAAGGGAGGCAGGCAGAGCUGUGUGUGGUAUGUAGUGGUUUUCUAAUCUGAAAUUGUAUGUGGGGAUGUGUACUGGAAGGACUACUGAUAGGGACAGUAUUACUAUUUAAAAUUCAUUUUAUUUCUGCAUCUUUGCUCUAAUUUCUUAUUUGUUUCUAUUUUCCAGUCAUUAAGAAUUUUAUUCCUUUUUCUCAAGUGCUUUCAUAUUUCUGUUUAGAGUAACAUCUCCUCUUGCUCAUUCUUUGGUCAUGCUAUAUAGUUAAGAUUUGCUUUGAACCCCUAAUCCUGCCUCUGAUGCCCAGUGCCUGGAAGAGUGUCCCAAAACUCCUCUCAGGCUAGACCCUGACUGUAAAUGAGUGAGAAGGAAAAUAGACCAGUGAAUGUGUGGCCUCUAAACUCUCUCUGACUUUUUCAGGAGAAUUAAAAGACAAAGAGUGACCUGUGUAUGAGUUGGGUUCACUGAUGAACUUCAUAGCUGUUGUAGUCACAGCACAGAAAGGGAUGGAGAGAAAGAAAAUGAGAAAUGUUAAAACUACUGUUUUAGCAGUAGUUGGCAUUAGCAAUGUUGGGUAAUCAGUAAAAUUCCAAACUGGCCAUUUUGGAGUGUUCACAGACCAAGGCAGUCCAAGAAUCUGAAUGAGAAGCUAAACUUAUUUCCAGAAGCCCAAUCAACCAACAUAGACAAUCUGGAAAAGCAGGUGUCACUGUGCCUAACAGGAAUGGUGCUUUUCCUCUCUGAAAACACACACCCUGAAAGAACAGCUGUAAAUAAUACUUGGUGUACUCUAAUAAGUAUGUCUAGUCCCUGAAGAAUAUUGGAGCAUAAAGCCUGUUUCCACUUUUCAGAAUAGUUUUUGAGAUUAUAAUUAAAUAAUUUCAACCUUCUACCCUGGACUUCUCCAUUCCCCCCUACUGUUAAGUCUCAAACCCUGAGACAGAUGGUUGAGGUGCCUAUGUAACAAAUCAAAGCAGACUUGGCUGCAGGUCCUUCUCCCUUGUUUUGGUUACUUGGUCUUUUUUAUCUGUCAUUUAACCUCCUGGUUUGUUGGUCUGGUUCUCCCUCUGCUCUCUCCCCUUUUCUCAAAUGGCUCAGGGUCCUGCCUACUCUGGACUCCUCCUGAUGUCCUUGCCUCUGGCAUUGCUCUCCUUUUAUCUGUAAUAAACUCCAUGUUCUACUGUCUCUAGCAGCAGCCAUGACCUUUUCUUUUUAUUUCUGUUUGUCACUCGCUUCCCAUGUUACUGCUCCUUGCUUUAAACUUCAUGGCCACUUUUGCUUUAAUUGUUGUUAAUGUUUGAUUUUGACUGAAGUUUGGUUGCAGGAUUUCCCAGCUGUGAGGGAGAUGUUAGUGUGUAAUGGACCCCAUGUCUUGGAAGAAAAACAGAAAGUGCUCUAGAAAUUGCACUGAAGUGCCAACUUCCCAGACUAGGUUUCUCUCUGCCCCUAGGAUAGCAGGGCAGAGCUGUGAAGGCCUCAGUUGUCUGGGUCUUUCCGUCACCAAGUAGAGGAGAUGCUAUUGUCCUGAGGCCCAGCUCUGAUGUCCAAGAUAAUGAGGGACUCUGGGUAGACCCAGCAAUCAGGACCAGCCGUGGGAGGUACCGUGCAGGUUCUUUCCAGUAUUAUUCUCUUUUGCAACUACAGGGAGCUAUGAGGAGGACCACAGAUCAUGCCAUGGUGAGUGUCGUCCUCCUCAUAGCUCCCCAGGCCAGAAGGAGCAGGUCUGCUGAUCUAUCCAUAUCUGAUCCACUGGGACUGAGACAGAAUGUGGGUCAGACGUGGUUAUGUGGAUUCAGGUGGUGACUGGGCAGAGAGAGGCCCUUAGACUCAGACCCUCUCUGUGUAGGAUUCCCUCAGGCAGGGCAUACUCUGUAACACGGGCAGUGGUAAAUGUGGUGCUUAUAGUAUCUCUAUCUAGUGUGCGCACACUGGCGUUGCUUUCGGUGUGUAGUAGGAAGACAGAUUGGGAAACUGAAGUCUGGUUUCUAGAAGUUCUGAACAUUGCGUUCCGCAUUCAAUUUUGUGGGAUAUUUUAUAAAUCGUUUAGAUACUGGUAGGAAAGAGCUGAUGGGUUCUACCUUCAGCAAUACGUGAUUAGAGUCUUUUUGUGUUCCCACCCCCACCAGCCACAGUGGUGUGACGCAGGGAAAUUAAAUUCCGGGCUACAGAGGGAGCUUCUGAGAUGCAGGGCUUUGUCCGUGUGCACGGUGUUGUGUGAUGUGGGUAAGGCAAACUCCUCAUCCUGUGUCGUGGUCCAUGUGGUAGGAAGCAGACAUUAAGUUAUUCUCCAACACUGCUUUGUGUGUUGUCUUUAGUGAGGCUAUGUGUGCUUGAAACCCCAAGGGACACGAGGGCCUGCUGAGACACAGUUCACCUGUCUGGUCACCUCCAUUCUAAAGAGAGACCUCUAGAGCAUGGGGCCUCUCUGUUUGUAAAAAAGAAAUCAACAGAAGCUGGAGGGUCAGAAAUAUAACAGUUUUUGGGUAAUUUUGACUUUUUUUGGUUUUGUUUCUUUGGGUUUUUUUGUUUUUUUGUUUGUUUGUUUUUGUAGUUGUAACGUCUGUGCUUAUUUACCUUGUGUAAUGUACAAUCAGGAAACAUUUGUCAAGUUCACAUUUUUCCUGGUGGACCUUUCCUUAGGUCUUUUAUGGAAAGGCUGAAUAUAUUUUAGAAUUAUGGUUUUGGCCUUUUCGUCCGGUCCACUUAUUCUUUCACAAAUAUUGUAUUCAUUGUUCAUUGUUGUAGCUUUGUGGUAAGUACAGAAUUCACAUUACCCCAUUAUGUGUAAUAUUUCUUUAUAAUCCUAAUGAGAAUUCUGAGGGGCUUUUUUUUCCCGCUGUAAAUUGCUAGGAAUUUCCUUUGGAUUGUAUUGGAUUUCUGGUGUAAAUUGAACAUAGCCAACAUUUUUUUUAAUACAUCAUUUUAAUGGUGUUGUUUAUAUAGUGUAAAAGAAUAAAAGAUGUUAUUCUAAAUAAUUAUUCAUUUAGUUAAAUACAAUAAGGUUGUGAAACUGAAACUGAUGUGAAAUGAUGUACAAAGGCAUAGAAAGAGGACUUCAGUGAAUACAUUAUCCUGGUCACGUAAAAGUUCUUGCACCAAGUAUGAUUUAAAUAGGAAGAAUAAAAGGAAACUAAAACAUGAUCCAGAACCAUUCGUCAAACACUGAAUGUGAGUGUGACUUGGGACUGUGUGUUAGUACGCUAAAUAAACUCUGAGAGCAGUAGGUGGGGAUUGUCCACAGAUAUUAACUAACGUUAGUUAAAACCAUGUUGCACUGUUACAGUUGAUGUAAAAUUACAAGCAUUCACUGUAUGUAUUAUGAUGCAGGUGGACAUAUUACCUACACUCACAGUACCCCAUUACCACGAACACAUUCUCACUCUAUGUUUUUGUGUACCUACACUAUACAGAGUUCUCAUAAAAAUAACAAUAUUGCCCUGGAUCCCACUAAUAUUGUCAGUGUGUUUUCCGUGCAUUUGAAAUUAAUUUUAAGAAGUAUCAGAAUUCUUAUUCUCCUUGAGUUAUGUUCAUGGUGGCUUGAGGUAUAAAAUAACGUAAAUGCUCAUUUUCUCAGGACAAGCUGGCGCCUGAGGAGGGCACUGUGCUAAGUGAAUGAAGACAAAGAGCGAAGGCCAAAGGACUGUACAGAACUUCACAGUCAGUGCUGAGUGGGUUUCAAAGCAGCACGUGGAGUUAUAGCUCUUGCAGGAUCGAUAAAUCCUCUUUCUCCCAUCUCAAUUUUAUCUUUAAUAAACUCAUUUGUCAGAUGGAUGUGAGAACUUCUUCGGCCUAUACUUAAGAUAGCCAUAUAAAAUGAAGGGCGGAAAGAAUAGAGAAUCGAGCCAAAGCAAUCACCUUCAAAGGCUUUUUUCUGACUAUUGUUUUAGUUGAUUAUGGAAAAGGAAAACUAAAUUUCAAGCUUUUAUAGCAAGAGAGAUGAGAAGAAAAUGUGCUGUUAUUGUAUCCUGUAAACGUGGAGAAGCCACUUUAUUUGGAUGGUAUGAGAGCUUUCUGCCAAAGAGUCAGACUGCUUGAAAAAGGAAAAAUGAGGUUAAGAAAUAGACUGACUUAUUAUGCUUGAAUUUAAAUAAUGACAAAAAAAUUUUACUUUAACAAAGAUUCAAUAGCCUUAGGCAAGUGACAGAUCUCUCUCUUUUCUUCUAAAUUACCCACCCUUUUGCUUUGGAGAACUUGUUUAAAGAUUUAAAAUUUUUAUAUAUCAGUUUAUAUGUCUAAUGCAUUAUAUAUAUGUGGUGGUUAAUGUGUAUAUUUAUAUGUUUUAACAUACUUAUAUGUUAAUGUAUUAUAUACUUUCUCUAGCAAUACUCUAUAAGAAUAUAUAUAUACAUAUAUAUGUAUUUCUAUUAUUUGAAUAGUCUUUCAAGUUUUCCUUAAAGAGGAACAAGAAUACUGUUUUAGAAUUGAAGCAGUAGGAACCUCUGUAAUUCCGCCAUCCAAACUACUACUAUAAAAGCUAACACAAGAGAGUGACCUGGGUCUGUUUCCUACAUGGUAUAUGUUUCACAUUGCUGAAAGCGAAGCUUCUGACCUCAGAAAUCUAGACAGGGCCCAGGAAUGAACUUGUCAUGAACUCCUGUGCGAUGGUCAUCCUCUACAUAAACAGAAAGAGACCUGUAUCUAUCAGAAUCAUCCUUUUCCUGUCUUCAUGACUUUGCUUCUCUUCGUUCAUUAUUGCUUCCAAUCUUUGCACUUUCAUUCAGGGAAAAUUGAAUUAACGUUUUUUAUUCAAAUAGAUUAUUCUCUCAUUACAGUCUAUUUUGACCAAUUUUCCUUCCCUCCACUCCUCCUAAAUCCAGCCUGCCUCCCAUCUCCCCCAGAUCCACUUCCCCUCUUGUUCAGGCCUCUGAGAGAGGACAGGUGAACAAGAGCAAACAAUAUGAAAAAUAAAAGACAAAGCAUUGGACCUAAUGUAGAAGGCCAACCAGUAGAACUCUCAGCUCCUCCUGUACCACCCCUGCCUGGAUGCUGCCAUGCUCCCACCUUAAUGAUGAUGGAAUGAAUCUCUGAACCUGUAAACCAGCCUCGAUUAAAUGUUCUUCAUGAGACUUGCAUUAGUGAUGGUGUCUGUUCAAACAGAAAACCCUAACUAAGGUAGAAGUUGGUACCAAGGACUGGGUGUUGCUGUGAUAGGCCUGACUAUGCUUUUGUUUGAAAGAAUGUGGAUUUUUGGACUUUGUAUUUGGAAAGCAGUGGAAUGCUUCAAAUGGGGCUUAAUGGGCUGUCCUAGUAGGAAUAUGGAAGACUGAGAAUGGUUUGAAUCGUGCAGGCCUGACCCAAGAAGUUUCAGUGAGAAUUUCAAUAUGUGGUCUAGAGACUGGUUUUAUGGUGUUUUGGUGAAGACUGUGACUACUUCUUGCCCUUGUCUGAAGAGUCAGCCUGAGGCUGAGGUGAAGAAAUUUAGAUUAAUUGCACUGACAAAGGAAGUCUCGGAGACACCCAUCAUAGACUUUGUUCUCUGGUUCAGUCUCAUGAAGAGCAUUUUAAAAAAUCAUAGCAAGCUGAGAAAGGGGAAAUAUAAAAUGUAUGGCUCAAGCAUAAAAAGGAUACCAGGAUGUAAAAUGGAGCUGCAUCCUUGUGUUCAAGGACAUUAAAUUGAUGGAAACAAUUAAUGGAAUAGUGAUUUUUGGGGCAAGAUCCCACCCAGCUAAAUUUAGGUCCAGGCAUGGUACUAUAAGCCAUUAAUCAAUCCCAGGAGGCAGAGACAAACAGAUCUUUGAGUUCAAGGCCAGUCUAGAGCAAGUUCUAGGUGAAGGAAAACUUAAAUCCAGGUUUGGUAGAUCAUCACACCUUUAAUCCCAGGCACGCAGAUCUCUGAGUUCAAAGUCAGUCUAUGGAGCAAGUUCCAGGACAGCCAAACUUAGGCAGUGAAGGAGUUGGAACACAGAAAGCUGGUGAUGAUGUAAUAGAACAAGGGGGCAUGUUCUAGCCCCAGCAAGCAGCAGAACUUGGCAGCUUCUGCCAUGUAGCUCUGGCUAUAGAGUCAAGAAGGGAAUACUGGGACAGUUGAUGCUAGUUAGCUAGAGCUAACAAGUUAGUGAUGAUUAAGAAGAGACCAGAGGGGUUGGGGAUUUAGCUCAGUGGUAGAACACUUGCCUAGGAAGCACAAGACCCUGGGUUCGGUCCCCAGCUCCGGAAAAAAAAAAAAAAAAAAAAAAAAAAAAAAAGAAGAGACCAGAAUCACCGAACUGAAAUCUUCUGGGGAUUAUUUUGUGAGAGCACAAAGAAGCUGUGUUCCAAAAAUAGCAAGGAUUUACCUUGUGCUUCAGCUGUACUUGGUAAUGUGAGUCACCUGGGGAGUACUGGUUUUGAAGGCAUGAAGAGGUCAUAAAGAACAGCUGGGGCUUGGCACUGUGAGAAGCCAUGGAAGGCCAUUGGUGAAAGUGCAAUCUCAGUUGCAGCUGAUGGCCCAGGACUGAAGGGGUCAUGCAAAGGAUUUGAGACUUGACACCGUGAAGAGAGCCUAUGAGAGGCUAUUGGUGAAGCCUAGUUGCAGCAGAAGACCCCCAGCAUAUUGGAGAUGCCAGUACUAUGGGAUGAUCACCAAGAACAGCAGUGGCAGUGGGGUGGAUCAACCUGAGCUUAGAAUGCUACGGAGGGCAGAGUUGGAGAAGUGACUCUUGCUUUAGAGGAGCCCAGAAGAUCAUGUGGGGGCCCCAGACAUUGAAACGAGAAAUUGUAACCCUGAGGUUGCCUUGGAGACCCCAAGAUGUUCAAGAUGCCAGAACCCAGGUCUAUCUGAUGAGAAAAGCUGCUAAGAGGAAGUUGAACCAGCCUGGGCAAAAAAAGUUUAUUGCAGUCAUCAAAGAUGAGAAGAAGGAGUUGGAGAUCUGAAGACCACUUUGAUAUCAGACAUAGAGAUUCAGAUUUAGAGUUUGCCCAGCUGGUUUCCUGUCUUGCUUUGGGGAUUACAGUUAAAUGAUUGGAUGAAUCUCAGAAGAAACCUUGAUCUUUGGACUUUUAACAUUGUUGAGACUGCUAUAGACUACAGGGACUUUUGAAGUUGGACUAAAUGUAUUUUUCAUUAUGAUAUGUUUAGGUGUGGCACGCAUAGACUCAUGUUUGAAGGAGCCUUUGGGGGCCAUGAGUGGAAUGUCAUGGUUUACAUAUGCUCGGCUCAAGGAGUGGCACUAUUAGAAAGUGUGGCCCUGUUGGAGUGGGCGUGUCACUAUGAGUGCGGGCUUUAAGACCCUCAUCCUAGCUGCCUGGAAGCCUAUAUUCUGCUAGCAGCCUUCAGAUGAAGAAGUAGAACUCUCAGCCCUUCUUGUACCAUGCCUGCCUGGAUGCUGCCAUGUUCCCAUCUUGAUGAUAAUGGACUGAACCUCUGAACCUGUAAGCCAGCCUCAAUUAGAUGUUGUUCUUUAUAAGCCUUGCAUUGGUCAUGGUGUCUGUUCACAGCAGUAAAUCCCUAACUAAGACACCCAUGCACUCGCUAUGCUCGCUAUUUAAGUCUCUGAGAUUGCUGGCCAUCCAGGUAGUGUAAGGCGUGGAUUUCCUCUCAUGUGUGGGCCACAAGUUAAACCAAACAUUGGUUGGCCACUCAAACAGGUUUGGUGCCUCCAUGCCACUGCACAUCUUACAGGAAGGACAGAUUUUAGGGAAUGGGGUUAGCUGGGUUUCUGUCCAGGUUUUUCUUUCUGUAGUAUGUAGAAUACCUUCUUGCCAGUUGUUCAGUUUCUAUUGGUUAGUAGGCUUUCUGUUUCUGUAGAUGAUAUGCAGCUUUAAUCCAUGGUAGUCUGUUAGGAUGCAGUUGAUUAUUUCCAUUUUCUAGUAUCUGUUGAGACUUGCAGUGUGUUCAAGCAUGUCAUUGAUUUUGGAGAAAAUUCCACAGGAUGAGAAGAGGAUAUAUUCUUUUGUUUUUGGGUGGAAUGUUCUGUAAAUAUCAGUUGGGUUCAUUUGGUUUUUAACAUCAUUUAGCUGAAGUAUUUCUUUAGCUUUUUGUUGGUGGUGGUGGUGGUGGUGGUGGUGUGGUGUUUGCUUUCAGUUUUUUGAAUCAGGGCUGUUUUGUGUAGCCUAGUCUUUCCUGAAACUCAUUGUGUAGACCUGAUUGGUCACAAAGUCGGAGUUCCACCUGCCUCUUCCUCCCUGGUGUAGGGAUUGAAGGCCUGUGCCACCAUGCCUGGUCUCUGUAUUUAGUUUUUUACUGGAAGACCUGUCUGUUGUUGAGAAUGGGAUAUUGACUCUCCCAUUGCUAGUGCAUGCUAUUUAAGCUGCAGAAGUGUUUCUUUUACAAUGGGGUGGGGGGUGCUGUUAUGUUUGUGGCGUAGAUAAAAGAAUUGAAAUGUUCGGUUCUUAGAACUUUUUUAGUUUGAAGAGUAUAUGCUGUCCUUUUUUAUUUUUGUUUGAAGUCUAUUUUGUGUAUUAAAAUGGCUAUACCAGCUUCAUUCUUACUUCCAUUUCCUUAGAAUAUCUUUUUUCCUACCCUUUACCUUGAGGCAUUGUCUAUCCUUGAUGUUUCUAUUAUAUAACAGGAGGGUGGAUCCUGUUUUAGCUCCAUUCUAUUAGCUGUGACUUUUUAUUGGUGAAUUAAAGUCAUUGAAAUUAAGGGAUAUCAGUGAGCAGUGAUCUAUUAUUCCAAGUAUUUCACUGGUGGUGGUGGUGGUCGUGGAAUGUAUGCGAUUCCUUUCCGUUUUGCUGAUGAUGUGAGAUUAUUUAUGUCGUGUGUUUUCAUUUGUAGAGCUAACUUCCUUGGGUUGCAUAUUUUUCUUCUAGCACCUUGUAUAGGGGGUAUAUUUGCAGGUAGAUAUUGUCAAAUUUGACUUUAUUCACAGUGUCUUAUUUUCACCAUCUUUGGUGACUGAAAAAUUUCUGGGUAUAAUAAUCAGGGCUGGCUUCUGUAGUUUCUUAGUCUGCAGCACAUGUAUCCAAGCUCUUCUGGUGUUUAGAGUCUGCAUUGAGAAGACGGGUGUAAUCCUAGUAGGUAUGCCUUUAUAUGUUCAAAGUAUUUUCUGGUUCUUUGAGCUGGUGUUCUUUUUCUUCCUGUAUUCCUAUUAUUCAUAGUUUUUGUCUUCUUAUAAUGUGCCACAACUCCUGGAUGUUCUGACCAUGGAAUGUUUAUGCUUGACAUUUUCUUUGAUGUAUUCAUUCCUUCUAUUCUAUCUUUAAUGUCCAAGAUUCUACCAUCUCUAUUCUCUGGGUGAAUUUUGCCUCUGCAGUCCUAAAAUUUUCAUUUCCAGGAUUUCCUCGGUGUGUGCUUUCUUUAUUGCUUCUAUUCCCGUUUUUUGGUCUUGAACUAUUUUAUGUGUUUCCUUCAAGUGUCAUUGUUUGUGUUUUCCUUUAUUUCUUUAAUGAAUUUAUGUAUUUGCUCUUUAGGGAUCCUAUCAUUUUUAUAUAGUUGGUUUUAAGGUUUUUUUCUUGUGCUUUCAGCCAUGUGGGCACAUUCAGGACUUGCCGUGGUAUGAUAACAUGGCUCUGUUGGUGAAAUAUUUCCCUGGCUUUUAUUGAUUAUAUUCCUAUUCUGGUGUCUAGACAUCUGAGAUUGGGGUGAUUAUAGGUCUUGGUGCUAAUUUCUGUGUUUGUCUUGUUUGGGUGGGAGUAUUUCCCCCCUGGGUUUCUUUCUGUUUGCUCUCUGAAUUUUCUGAAAGGCGGUUUGCUGAGUAUUACCUCUUUUACUGACCUAAUUGGUGGAUGUGUGCCAAGGGGAAUGCUUACUAGUGUUGGGGGCUGGGGAAUAGGAGCCAUGGAGAGAUAAUCUUAGCAAUCUACUCGAGGUUUAGACACAGGAGAGGGGAAGCUGCCUCUGGUGUUCUGUUCCAGCACUUGCAGCAACUGUGAAAAUUUGGUCUGGAGUAACAGAUAGUCUGGUCGAUCUCUGGACAGCCUGCCUACCUGGUCUUCUGGCAGGAUUGUCAGAUGGUUAAAACUUUCUCAUAUAUUUUUGUCUCUGUGGCCUAAUUAGCUUUAGUUUCUCAACAUUUCAGAGCCUACAGUCAUGUGAGGGAGCCCCCCUCAGUUGAAGGUGUGCCCCCAUCAGAAUGUCUUGUUGCUGCGUCUGAGAGAUUAUGUUGGUUGAUGAUUGAUGCGGAAAGAAUCUUCUACUGAAGGUGGCAAUGUCUGUAAGCAGGUGUGCCUGGGUUGGAUGGGAAAGUUGCCUGAGCGUGAGACAGUGAGCACACCAGAGAGCAAGCCAGGAAGCAGUUUUUGCCCAUUUUUCUAGCAUGAGUUUCAAUUCUAGGCUCAAAAGUGAUGGACUGUGAUCUGAGAGAACCAUCCAAAAAAAAAACAAAAAAACAAAAAAAAUGUUUAUCAGCUGUGAUGUUUUUGCUUAGAGGAUUCCGUCACAGCAGCACAGUAACAAGUUAGAACCACAAUGACAAAAUAAUAUGUAAAAAGGGAUUUUGCUGCCGGAGAGAAACUUGAAGUGUUCUCUUUUGGAAGAGUGUCAAAGAUGUUAGAAAUUAAGGUGACCAAUAACAUGAAAGGCUGUACACAGAGCUUAAUCAGCUGUUCAUGUAGGACCUGGAAGAUCAGAGAUUUAAGAGUAAUGUAGGCAAAAGUCAAGGCCAUGGGAUUUCAGUGAAAAAAUAGACUCCAUGAGAAAUUUACCAUGAGGUCAUUUGUGUGAUACUUUGGCCCCAGAUCUUUCUUAAUCUGCCCAUACCCUGAGAAAAUGAGUAAGGCAGACGUGAAGAAAAUAACGGACUGAUUUCAUAGACAAAAUAUUGAAUCUGUGAGAUGGUUAUUGCUAAUGACACAGGACUGUGGUGAAAACACCAUGUGGGACAGAAAUAAUGUAGUUUCUGUUUUGUAAUUAAAAGCAGCAUUAGGUAGUUUCAGGUGGCAGUCAAGUGCUGAAACAGAAGCAGGGUGUUCAAGGAGAUUAUCACCAUUAAAGAGAUGGCCCAAGUGUGUGCCCUUAUGGUAAUGCUGCUAAGCAUUUAAUAAGUGGAAGAAGUAGGCAGAGUUAUUCCUAGUCCCAGGAGAGAACUUCAUAUAAAAUCUGCUGCAACUGUGCGUCCAGUGCGGCUCGGGGUCUGUCUCAAUGUAGACGUCACGUUGACAGGAACACCCAUCUUGUGCUGGCUCUGGAAGCUCAAAGGUGAGGAAUUCUUCCUCUGUGGUUUGGGUUCAGCACACUCACUUCAUCCCUGUCUCACAGCGUCGGAGCUCCAGUGAAGAGAUUCUAAACAUUCCUUGGAUGAAGCUGUCAGGAUGAAUCCUUGGUUACCUUUUGAGACCACAGGCUGUUGAGAUACCCAGGCUUCAAGGCAUCUGCAUGGAGAGCAGCAUAUAGGAGAUGGAAAUGAGCAAACUGAGAUGUAUGAGAAGUCGCAGGGAUAGGGACAGCUGAUCAACUUGAAACUGAAGCCCCAAGUGUCUGAGACAGAGCUACAGGAUCUGGUGUUGCCCUGCUGGGUUUGUUGCCAUGGUUCAAUCUUCCUUCUCGGUAUCCACAUUCCUUUUUCAUUGUAAUGAGAAGGGGUAUUCUGUGCCUUUGAUUCUAUAAGGUGUGGUGAUUAAGAGAUUGCUUUGAGUGUCAGAAGGAACUUUGGACAUUUGAACAGUGUAGGAGUUGUUGCAGAGAAUGAGGAUCAUUGAAGUUAGAAUAAAUUUAUGUUCAUCACAGGAUGACCACGAGCCAAUAGUGACCAGACUUCAACUGCAAUAAAUUGAAUCAAAAAGCUCUCAGAUAGUAUGAUGUCUUUGAGCACUUCUCUCUCUUUUUUAAUUUUCGGGGGGAGAUUAAGGAAGCUUUUGUAGUAGGAGCCAUCCUAGAUUCCUUAUUGGGGGUGAGAUUCGAGUGUCUAUAAAGUCAACCCAUUUCCUGUUUUUUAUGUCUACUCUGUGGUGGAUGAACCUGAUCAGCCACAUUCCUCUCAGGCUGGUAUGCCCUCACUAUUAUAGACUAUUACUUCAAAUCAGCUAAGUUCUAUCAGAAGCACUUACUAUUCAACAAUAAGUUAUUUGCUAGCCAGAUGUUUUCAUAUUGUCAAUUUUGUUGUUUUUGUUUUUGAAGAUAAAGUUUCUCUGUGUAACCUUCCCUGUUCUCAAAGUAGAAAGAAGCCCAUGCAGACUUUGAACUUAGAGAUCCACCCGACUCCUGGCUCUAGAGUUCUGGAGGCCAACACGCCUGACUAUAUAUAUAUAUAUAUAUAUAUAUUAUUGGCUGGUGGGCCUAGAGUGUUGGUUCUUGUACAAGUCAAGCAUAUGCUAUUGUGACGACCUUCCUCCACAUCUUCAAUUUUUAAGUUUGACGGAGAGUAUGGUCUGUUUUUCAGGACAGCAUGCAUUCAUGAUGUUAACAGUACCUGAGCCUUCUAAGUCAUAGGAUUGGAGAUGUGUGACAUUAUUCCUACCUUUCAUGUUUGUUUUGAAUUUUUUUAUUAGUUAUUUUAUUUACAUUUCAAAUGUUAUCCCCCUGCCCAUUUUCCCGUCCACAACCCCCCUAUCUCCUCCUCCCUCCCCUCCCUGCCUCUUUGAGGGUGCUUCCUCACCUGCACACCCACUCCUGCCUCAGCGACCUAGCGUUCCCCUAUCCUGGAUCAUCAAGCCUCCACAGGACCAAGGGGUUCCCCUCCCACUGAUGCCAGAUAAGGCAUUCUUCUGCUACAUAUUCAGCUGGAGCCAUGGGUACUCCCUCUUUGGUUGGUGGUUUAGUCCCUGGGUACAUGGUGAGGGGGGUCUGGUUGGUUGAUAUUGCUCUAUGAGGUUGCAAACCCUUUUAGCUCCUAUAGCCCUUGCCCUAACUUACCCGUUGGGGUCCCUGCACUCAGUGCAAUCGUUGACUGUGUAUAUCUGCAUCUGUAUUGGUCCAGCUCUGUCAGAGCCUUUCUGGGGACAGUUAUACCAGGCUCCUGUCAGUAAGCACUUCUUGGCAUCAGCAGUAGUGACUGGGUUUGGUAUCAGCAGAUGGGAUGGAUUCCUAGGUGGGGCAGUCUCUGGAUGGCCUUUCCUUUAGUGUCUCUGCAUUUCCUUUGAACAGAAGGAAUUCUGGAUUCAUAUUUUUGAGGUGAGUGGGUGGCUCCAUCCCUCAACUGGGGACCGUCCCUAUCCACUGGAUGUGAUUUCUACAGGUUCUCGCUCCCCUUUGUUGGGUAUUUUGGCUAAUGUCCUCCCUGUUGGGUCCUGGGAACCUCUUGGGUCCCUGGCAUCUGGGACUUGCUAGUGGCUACCCCCAGUUCCUCCUCCCCCACUACAACACACCUACUUUCAAAUUCCUGAGCCUCUCUAUGUCUCCCCCAUCUCCUCCCAUAUCUGAAUUGGCCCCCUUUUCCCUCCCCCUCCUCACUCCUCCUCAGGUACCUUUCUCUACUUCCCGAGAUUAUUCUCUUCCCCCUACUGGGUAGGGCUGUAGCCUCCACAGUUUGGAAUGAUCUUUCUUCUUGAGUUUCUGUUGCGGUAAAAAUUAAAAAGGAGCACGUCCGGUUCCCAUGCAUCACCACUCCACACUGGACCCCUGGCGUUAGUUCGGGCACUGUAGGGCCAUACAGAACUGACAUCAAUUUAUCUCAGCUGCAGCUGGUUCCAGUAUGAUGCCACGCCACGUUAGCCUAGCUGUCUUCUAGCCCCAGUGGUCUCUCCAUUCCCAUUGCUAGUCACCCUGGCCAGCCCUGACCAGCCAGGAACUCUGGUCCCAGCUACCUGGUAACACCAAGACUCAACAAACUGUAACCUAACAACCAGAUUUAUGUGUUGAAUUCUCAAUCUACGAUACAUCCACGGAGUAAAUUCACUGCCAAUUAAUAAAGAUAGAAACUGCCCACCUAGACAGGAGAAAAUUGACCAAACAAGAGAGACCACCUGGAUCUGAAUCAUCUUCCUUCAUCAUCUCCAUCUUGAUUCCUCUCCUGCACCUGCUCCUCCUCCUCCCUCCUUCCUAGACUUUAACCUGCCUAUCCUUAUCCUGGACCUGCCUUGCUGCAUAAUGACAUCAUCCUGUAAGUUUCAUAUGAUCUGUGAGUUGUAUCGUGGGUAUUCCGAGAUUCUUUUUGGCUAAUAUCCACUUAUCGGUGAGUAAAUACCAUGUGUGUUCUUUUGUGAUUGGGUGACCUCACUCAGAAUAUUUUCAGGUUUCAUCCAUUUGCCUGCGAAUUUCAUGAAAUCAUUGUUUUUAAUAACUAGUACUCUAGUAUGUAAAUAUACUACAUAUAUACUACAUUUUCUCUGUCCAUUCCUCUGUUGAGGGACAUCUGGUGAAUAUUAGUAUCUUGCCUGUGUGUAUGAAUAUGCACGUGAUGUGUGCCUGUUCCUCAUAGUAGUCAGAACAUGACCUCAGAAUUCCUGAAGUUGGAAUAGUAGAUAGUUAUUAGUCACCUUGUAAAUACAGUUGAUUCCAAUUAUUUGCAAGACUAGCAAGAGCAACUUAUUUUACUGGUAAGCCAUCCCUCCUCCCUAUGUUGCUUAUUUAUGAUUAACAUUUAUAUUUCUAAUGUUUUAUCCAUGUAUUCGUAACUGUAAGCAUGUAUUUCCUAUUAGUAAGCUCUUACUAAUAUUACAGUUUAAACUGGGGCACUUAAAGUUUCAGGAAGAUGAAUACAGAACUGUAUUCAAUUUUAUAUCUUUGCAGGAACUUCAGUAAAGACCUCUGAGUUCUUUCUAUUUUGUUUGUUUAAUUGAUUCUUGCAGGGGAAUCAAGGUCUUAAUAUAUACCUCUGCAUGCCCUGUCUCCCAUUACAUGGACUAGCCUGGCAUCCACCUCAGUGAGAUAGGUUUGUCUCUGGCUCCUGAUUGCUGGGAUUAAAGGCGUGAGCAAGUACACCCAUCUUACCCAUCCUUUCUGUUGUCAGUAAUCAUUCAAAUCGUGUCUCUGAUAUGUACUCCCUACUGUUGAUCUGUUUGCUCCUCCUCCCCCCCCCCCCCCCCCGUUAGUAGUUGUUUCUCUUGCAAGAGUAUAUCUUAUUCAAAGGGCAGAGAAAUGACAAGGGUCACUAUCCUCUUCAGUUCUCUUCAAAAAUUGCUUGGUAAUUCCAUUAUAACAUCCGUAUUAUGGAAUAGACGUUGGAAGUACCAGAAUUAUAAGAAUGUAUUGUCAAUGUAGUAUACAUUGAGAGUGCUGCCAGUAACAGUCUUUAUGUUGUACACAUGUUUGAGAUAUUUUAGGAUGCAAUGACCUUUAACGAUGUGCAUGUGGACUUCACUUCCGAAGAGUGGGCUUUGUUGGAUCGUUCCCAGAAAGGUCUUUACAAAGAUGUGAUGCUGGAGACCUACUGGAACCUCACUGCUAUAGACCUGAAAGAAGUCAUACUGAAGAGAAACCCUAUGAAGAUAUGAAGUGUGGUGAAGCCUUUGCACAUCGCAGUAGUCUUCGAGCACAUGAAAGGACACACACUGGAGAGAAACCCUAUGGAUGCAAUCAGUGUGAUAAAGCCUUUGCGUAUCACAGCAGUCUUCGAAUACAUGAAAGGACACACACUGGAGAUAAACUCUACAAAUGUAUUCAAUGUGGCAAAGCUUUUUCAGAUCAGAACACUCUACAAAGACAUAAAAGAACCCACUCGGAAGAGAAACUCUAUGAAUGUAAUCAAUGUGGUAAAGCCUUUGCAUGUCAUAAUAUUCUUCAAAAUCAUGAAAGAACUCACACUGGAAAGAAAACUUACAAAUGUAAUAAAUGUGAUAAGGCCUUUACACAACGCUAUUAUGUGCGAAUCCAUAAAAGAACACACACUGGAGAGAAACCUUACAAAUGUAAUCAGUGUGGUAAAUCCUUUGCGUGUCUCAGCAGUCUCCGAGUGCAUGAAAGAACACAUACUAGAGAGAAGCCCUACAAAUGUAAUCAGUGUAGUAAAGACUUUGCGAGUCAGAGUCAUCUUAAAAGACAUGAAAGGAUACAUACUGGAGAGAAACCCUAUGAAUGUAAUCAAUGUGGUAAAGCCUUUUCAAUCCAGGAUACUCUCCGAGUGCAUGAAAGAACACAUACUGGAGAGAAACCCUUUGAAUGUAACCAGUGCGGUAAAACCUUUAAACUACACAGUCAACUUCGAAUACAUAAAAGAGUACACACUGGAGAGAAACCCCAUGAAUGUGAUCAGUGUGGUAAAACCUUCGCAUGUCCCAGUAGUUUCCAAAAACACAAAAGAAUACAUUCUGGAGAGAAACCCUAUGGAUGCAAUCAGUGUGAUAAAGCCUUUGCAUAUCACAGUAGUCUUCGAAUACAUGAAAGAACACAUACUGGAGAGAAACCCUUCAAAUGUAAUCAAUGUGGUAAAAUCUUUUCACAGCCCAAUAGUCUUCGAAUACAUAAAAGAACACAUACUGGAGAGAAACCCUAUGAAUGUAAUCAAUGUGGUAAGGCCUUUCCGUAUGACAGCAGUCUCCGGGUGCAUGAAAGAACCCAUACUGGCGUGAAGCCUUACGAAUGUAACCAGUGUGGCAAAGCCUUUGGCUACCACAGUCAUCUCCAAAGGCAUGAAAGGACACACACUGGACAGAAACCUUAUUAACAUGAGCAAUGUGGGAAAGCCUUUGUAAGUCUCAGCAAACUUCAGAGGCAUAAAUGAAUUCAUCCUGGAGAGAAAGCUCAAGAAUGUAUUUAAUAUGGUGAAGGCGUUAAACGGUUUUAUAGUCUUCAUCAUCACAAAAGUAUACCAGAGAGAAAUUCUAUGAGUGUAGGCAAUGUGCUGAAGACUUUAUGUUAUGGAGCCCACUUAGAGAUCCAACACGACACAAAAACCAGGGCUACGGGUAUUCACUAUGUAGUUGAUCUGUGUCCACUGAUGCAGGCAGGAUGUAGGUUUUACAGUCUAAAGAUCAUAUCCAUUUUCUCUUUGUGGUUAACAACAGGUAUUGUGUUUUUGGGGGAAAAAAAGAUGAAUAACAGAAGCUGUCGUUUGGAACAGUCAAUAUGUUUUGUGGAAUGGGAAACGUGGUUAGGAACAAUCAUGUUUUGGGAAACAAAAAUGAAUUAUGGAAGCUUAUCAAUUAUUAGGGAGUUUCCAGCUCCCUUAUGUUCUGGGAACUUGAAUUUAGUUUCGCUCUAUGAUUAAAUGAAGUCUUAUAGCAAAAUGGCUGUACUUAGGACAGUUUCUUUUACUUGUUCAUGGUAUUUGCAUAUUACAGUCAUCUUCGAAUUCAUAAAAGUGAGUACCCCUAUAAAUGGGGUCAAUAUUAGGAGGCCUUUUCUCAGAACAGUUAUUUACAAAUAUCUAAAAGAACAUGUCCUGGCAAGAAACCCUACAAAUGUAAUCAAUGUGAUUAAGCCUUUUCAUAACACAGUUAUAUGCGACUAGGUAGAAGAACACCUGCCUGAGACGACACUAGGAGGUAAGCAAUGUGGUAAAACCUGUGCGAGUAACUGUGCUCAGGAGAAAAAGCCAUAGUGCAAAGAAACCUGUGAAUGCAGUCAUUGUGGUAAAGCUUUACGUGUUAUGAUCUCUUUAUGCAAUAUUAAAAGCCUUAGUGUGCAAUUAAUCUGUUAAAGACUUUACACAUCACAGUAGUAUUUAGGGACCUGAAAGAAUUCAUACUAUAGGGGAUCUAUAAGGAUCCUAUAAGAACUGUAGCCAACAUACUUCAGUUGCACAAGAUUAUUCUGAAGAGAACAUCUGACCAGUGUAAACAAUCAAGCAUUAUGGUGUUCCUCUUGGUUUUAUUUGUACUUGUAAAUUCAUAUGCGCAAUUGUAUGAAUUUAAGUGAUAGCCCUUUUAGACUUCACAAUUCUCUUCAAUUACUCAUCCAGAUGUAAAAGUUUACGGGUGUGAACUACUGCCUUUUUUGUUGCUAUAAUAAAACAUCGUGCCUAGGGCAACUUAUAAAA